UUCUCGCAGCAGCCUUUGGACACUUCUGAAAACGCCCUGAGUUUUCGCGGGAAAAAAAAGAAACUCCUAGCAGCUGGAAGGAUCGCGCGCUCCCGGGCUCAUUCAGGUCCUCUGCCACGCACGCGGCUCCCUCCUCGGUCACCCAACCCCAGAGCCCUAACCAGGAGCAGGCACUCCAGGCCUGAGUACAGUCCGGAUCGCAGCCGCGGGAGAGUGUAUCGGCACCAUGUGGAUCCAGGUCCGAACCAUGGAUGGGAAGGAGACCCGCACCGUGGACUCCCUAUCUAGGUUGACCAAAGUGCAGGAGCUGAGAAAAAAGAUUGCGGAGAUGUUUCACGUGGAACCCCAACUGCAGAGACUCUUUUACAGGGGGAAACAGAUGGAGGACGGACACACACUCUUUGAUUAUGACGUGCGCCUCAAUGACACAAUCCAGCUGCUGGUGCGCCAGAGUCUGGCACUGCCUUCCAGUUCGAAGGAACGGGAUUCGGAGCUCUCAGACUCUGACUCUGGCUAUGGUGUGGGUCAGAGCGAGUCCGACAAGUCGUCCACGCAUGGCGAAGGGGCUGCUGAAGGGGAUGACAAGACUGUGUGGGAGGACACAGAACUGGGGCUGUACAAGGUUGAUGAGUACGUGGAUGUGCGUGACAACACCUUGGGUGCAUGGUUUGAGGCCCAGGUGGUCCAGGUGCAGAAGAGAGCCCCGUCCCAGGAGGAGCCCUGCAGCUCCAGUGCCAGCAUGACUGCCGAGGAUGACAUCAUGUACCAUAUCAAAUAUGAUGACUACCCAGAGAGUGGAGUGGAGGUCGUCAAAGCCAAGGAUGUCCGUGCCCGUGCCCGCACUGUGAUCCCGUGGGAGGACCUGGAGGUGGGCCAGGUGGUAAUGGCCAACUACAAUGUGGACUACCCCAGGAAGCGCGGCUUCUGGUAUGACGUCGAGAUCUGUAGGAAGCGGCAGACCAGGACGGCGCGGGAGCUGUAUGGCAACGUCAUGCUCUUAAACGAUUCUCAGCUCAACAACUGCCGGCUGAUGUUCGUGGAUGAAGUCUUUAAGAUUGAGCUCCCUAAUGAGAGGAGCCCCUUGAUUGGGAACCCCUCGCAGCCCCCUCCUCCCCUCCGGAAAACAGGGAAGAGUGGCCCGUCCUGCCAGUAUUGCAAGGACGACGAGAACAAACUGUGCCGCAAGUGUGCCUGCCACGUGUGCGGCGGGCGUGAGGCUCCUGAGAAGCAGGUGUUGUGUGAUGAGUGUGACAUGGCCUUCCACCUGUACUGCCUGCAGCCACCGCUUACUUGCGUCCCCCCUGAGCCUGAGUGGUACUGCCCCAGCUGCCGGACCGACUCCAGCGAGGUGGUGCAAGCAGGCGAGAAGCUGAAGCAAAGCAAGAAGAAGGCGAAGAUGGCAUCAGCCACGUCAUCCUCCCGUCGGGACUGGGGCAAGGGCAUGGCCUGUGUGGGCCGCACCAGAGAAUGUACCAUCGUGCCCGCCAACCACUUCGGGCCCAUCCCUGGCGUCCCUGUGGGCACCAUGUGGCGCUUCAGAGUCCAGGUCAGUGAGUCUGGUGUGCAUCGGCCGCACGUGGCGGGCAUCCAUGGGCGGAGUAAUGACGGUGCUUACUCAUUGGUGCUGGCUGGAGGCUACGAGGAUGAUGUGGACAACGGCAAUUCCUUCACAUACACAGGGAGCGGUGGCCGGGACCUCUCAGGCAACAAGCGUACGGCAGGACAGUCCUCUGACCAGAAGCUUACCAACACCAACAGGGCUCUGGCGCUAAAUUGCAACUCCAAAAUCAGUGAGAAUGGGGCAGAGGCCAAGGACUGGCGCCAGGGGAAGCCAGUGCGUGUCGUCCGCAACAUGAAGGGUGGGAAACACAGCAAGUACGCGCCUGCAGAGGGCAACCGCUAUGAUGGCAUCUACAAGGUGGUUAAGUACUGGCCAGAGAAGGGUAAGUCUGGCUUCCUUGUGUGGCGCUACCUCCUGCGACGGGAUGACACGGAGCCUGGGCCCUGGACCCGGGAGGGCAAGGACCGCAUGCGGCAGCUGGGGCUCACUAUGCAGUACCCCGAAGGCUACUUGGAGGCCUUGGCUAGCAAAGAGAAGAGUAAGAAGUGCCGAGCCAAGGCCUUGGAGAAGGAAUCACCCUCUAAGACAGGCUCAUGCAAGCGGAAGCCCACAGGCCAGGCCACUAACACACGUGUACCCAAGAAGAGCAAACUGGAGCCCUUCACGCUCCCUGUCGAACAGGCCAACCUCAUCAAGGAGGACAAGAGCAAUGCCAAGCUGUGGGAUGACGUGCUGAGUUCACUUCAGGAUGGGCCGUACCAGGUCUUUCUGAGCAAGGUGAAUGAGGCUUUCCAGUGCAUCUGCUGUCAGGAGCUGGUGUUCCGGCCUGUCACCACCGUGUGUCUGCACAAUGUCUGCAAGGACUGCCUGGACAGGUCCUUCCGGGCCGAGGUGUAUAGCUGCCCAGCCUGUCGCUGCGACCUGGACCAUAGCUCCCCAACCCGGGUGAAUCAGCCUUUGCAGACCAUUCUCAACCAGCUCUUCCCUGGCUACGGCAGCGGCCGGUGAUGCCGCGAACCAGGCGGGGGGCCCUCAAUCCUGCUUCGAGUUCUUAGUGGGCUUAGCUUGAAGGUGUUGUCCUUCCACAUCUGCCCCUGGUGACCCGUCUGCCUUGAUCGCCAGUUAACCAGGAAUACUGUAUUCUGGCUACCAC